CUAGGUAUCUCGUAGUUUAUGAUUUUGCCGCAUGAGCAGGAAUUUGCGGCUGCGUUUCCUAACCUCUUCUAACCUCGUUCAGCGGGUGAUUACAUUCGACGUACUUCGGCGUUUGACAUAUGCUACCAUCGUCAGAAUGGUCCUCUUGGAGAACGACGCGUUCUUAGCGGAGUUAACCAAACUCUUUGACAAGUCGCGUUUCUCGGGCGCGGUAUCGCUCACCAUUAAAAGAUUCAAUGGAUAUAACAAGCCGGUGCCUAGGAAAGGCAGACCUCCUUUACCAAAUCCUACAGAGUACCUUUGCCUAGUCCGAGCAUCGCUUCGUAGUAAAAAAAUCUCUACUGUUAUUCAUUCCAAGGAUGUAAACAAGUUCCAACAGGCAUAUUGGAAUCUCUUGAAGACAAAUAUAAGUGGGUUGAAGAAGCUCAAGAAGGCGAAAUCAGCAAAGCCGAAGGUUCACUGACCCAGUAAGGGUUAACUGCAUAGCAGGUGGUUAUUUCUUUGUUAUUAAAACUUUCAUACUGUGCGUGUGUUCGCCAUAUAUUUGUCGACAUCUGUAUAAGCCAACAAGGAAGACAAGUUUUAUGCAGCAUUUUGUAUAGACUGAUGUAUAAAAAGUUAAUACUAAUAAUAUUGUUAUGAAAGUAUACACACAUAUGCAAAUACUAAUAUAUAAUCGUGCACAUUUCCGUAAAUUUAUACAAUGAUGAUAAAAGCAGUGCGGAAUUAUUAUUAUUAUUACUACUAUUAUUAUUAUUAUUAUUAAGAAUCCGAGCCAGAUGAUCGGAAUAAACUGUUUGGUUAUUGGUAACACAAAAUUAACAUAAUAAGCACUAUAUAUCAAUGACCUACGAUAUAAAAUGUAAGAGAGAAUACCUUGGUGUUAUUAUAUUAAAAAUUUUUAUUUAAAUAACUUGAUGUUUAAAAAUAAAAAUGGUAAGAUUAUGGAAAA